AAGGAAUUCUGAAUCGCGAGUACCUAACACAUUUGUGUCUGAACCCUGGUGCCGGAGAAGACAGUAAACAUGUCGAAAGUGUUGAGAUUCUUACAAGAAAACUUCUCGUUGGCAGAGAGAACCCUCGACAGGUUGAUAAGCAGUGUGUUUUCACAUGGGCCUCCCCCCAGUGUAGCUAUGGUGUGUGUGGAGUACGUACCACACCAACAGGCCAUUUCAAUCAGCCAGAGUCCGUUUGAAGACUUGAUUGGUGAUAGCAUCUUGUGGGCUGUGCCCAAGAAUCGCAGAAGUAGAGAGAAGAGGUUGACAAGGAAGUUUGGUUCAGAAACGGGCCACAAAAAAAUGCUGCCAGUAUUGAAAUUGCUCACUUGUAACAACUGUGGCCAUGUUCAUGAACCUGGCCGUCUGUGUCCAAAUUGUUAUGGCAAAAUAAAAGAAGUGACAGAAGCCAUGCAGAAUGCUAUGAAUGCCACUCAGGGACUGAAACCAAUUGAACAUGAUGUGCUUCCAGUCUUCAAAGGGGAAAAAAUUAACACUGAAGAUGGAUUCUUUGAG